AUGAGUCUUCGUCCGCCUUCUACCAGCCCGAGCCCCAGCCCCGGGCCCCACGAGAACGGCAAGGUCAGUGCCCGCCAAUCCAUGGGCCCCUCUUCUCGCGGCACACCCACCCUCGCACCCGCCUCGCCCCGCCCGGGCGGCCAGUCCAGCGCACGCCCAACCAGCGAGCUCCUGGGCUCCGGCGGCGCCAUGUUCCAAACCCCCGAAGCCGAGGCGCUGGAUGCGUGGUUUGAAAAUCUUCAAAACUACGAAGCGACGCUCGAGGAAAUGGCCGCCGCCUCCCUCGACGUCAACUUCAAAGAGGAACUCAGCGCCAUCGAGCAAUGGUUCAAAGUCCUCUCCGAAGCAGAGCGCACAGCCGCUCUCUACAGUCUCCUCCAACACUCCACCCAGGUCCAAAUCCGCUUCUUCAUCACAGUCCUGCAGCAGAUGGCCAGGUCAGACCCGAUGACCGCCCUGCUCAGCCCCGCCAUGGGUGGCUCGAUGCAAAGCCAGAUGGAGGCCAAGCUCGCGAGCAUCAAGUCUCCGGGCCUCAAAUCGGGCCUCCCUGCCUCGCCCACCGCGCGCUCUUUCAAUGCGUCUGCUACGUCGGCCUCGGCGGCUAACACCCCAGGCAACCGCCAGUCCCUCGCGCUCGACGGAAGCGGCAGCAACUUCCUCUCCCCGGACUCGGCCGCCGCGCUGUCCACCCCAACCACCGCUUCCAACGCCAACGCUGGGACGGGCAACGAUGCUGCGGCAAAACUUGCACAGCAGCGCGAAAAGCUGCGCGCGAGCAACGCCGCGCAUCGUAUUUCGGCGCCUGUCCUCUCUUCGCCGGGUGGACUGGGCGUGGAUGGCCGGGCAUCGUGGGGGCCCUCGACGCUGCUCAGCCAGGUGUCCGAGCAGCUCGCCAACACGUCGCUUGACGGCGGUAAUGGAGGCAGCGGGACGGCGUCCCGCCCCAAGAGCGUCGAGAUUAUCGGUACACCCGCGCGCGCGUCCGCUGUGGGUAAUGCCUCUGCGAACAACAGCAAUAACAACAAUACUAGUAAUGGUAAUUCCACCCCGGGGAAUAGUAAUGAGGCGACGGCGCCUGCGCCUGCGACUGUUGCGAAUGAUAGUUGGGCGAGUAUGGUGACGACGCCGCUUGUGCCGAUGUUCAAGAAGGAGCCUCCGAAACCCAGCGCCGACACCCCCACAUCCAACAACAACAACGGUGGCAAAGGAGAGUGGCAUGGGAAUGCGGCGCCUGGUGUGCCCCGUAUGGGCGACCCGACGAUAUACAAGCGCGGGGCGAAGAAUGGUGCGGGGGCGGGUGCUGGAGGGGAGGUGUAUGAUGAUAAUGGAAACCCUGUCGGUGCGCGCCGUGGGGGAUGGAGCAACGGGCGGAGCCCGGGGCUUAACAGCAACAACAACAAUUCGGGAAAUAGCGCGUCGAACAGGUUCGGCGGUAACAACAACGACGGUGGCUCGGACACUGGCUCUAAUUCGAUGAAUGGGCUAGGGUUCAACGCGCUCGGGUCGCCUACGAUGGGUAUGGGCGUCGGUGUGGGGAUGCCCGGGCUGGGCGUGGGCGUGGGUAUGCAGCCCAUGUCGCCGUUUAAUAUGAACAUGCUGAGCAUGAUGAAUAUGAGCCCCGAGGCGCAGAUGCUCGCGGCGCAGAUGGCUGCUAGUGGGUUUAUGGGGCAGGGGAUGGGGAUGAAUCAGGGGAUGGGGAUGGGCGGGAUGGGUGGGGGUAUGGGUGUAGGGGGGAUGGGAAUGGGGCAGCCCGGGUGGAUGGGCAUGUCGCCUAUGAGUGCGGGGAUUAUGAGUGCUGGACUUGGAAGUGCUGGUGUGGGCGGUCCAGGGCGCGGCGGGAUGAAAGGGCCUUCUUCCGCGCGUUCCACCAGCGGCGGCGGCGGCGGCGGGCUUCGCUCAGCCUCAUCCAUCGGCGGGCGCUCCUCCUCCGGCGCACACAACCACUCCUCCGCGGACGGCCCAUCCUCCGCGACCCCCAAAUCCGAAGAAGACGUCGACCCCGCGCUGCUCAACGACGUCGCGGCGUGGCUGCGCUCGUUGCGGUUGCAUAAAUACACGCCGAAUUUUGAGGGGUGUCGGUGGCAGGAUAUGGUGGUGAUGGAUGAGGGCGCGUUGGAGGCGAAGGGUGUUGCGGCGCUUGGGGCGAGGAGGAAGAUGUUGAAGACUUUUGAGAUUGUGAGGAGGAAGAUGGGGAUGGAGGGGGGUGGGGGGGCGCCGCCGAUGAGUGCGGGUGCGGGGGGUGCGUGA